AGAAUGAAUGCUGCACAGUGAAAACGAUUCAUAAUUUUGUGAUCGCAUUAACAGUUCAGUUAUUAUUGUUAAUACGUAAAGCGUAACAUUUAUUAUGGCUAGCAGUCGUUUGGAAAGAGUUGGAACCAUUUACACCAGAGUGCGAGGCCUUCUGAAAGCUGGAGCCUUACGACCAGAAGACAAACCAAUCUGGUACGACAUCUACGAAGCUUUCCCACCUAAAAACUUAGCAUCUACUGAAUCCAACGAGCCCCUUCGUCAAAUAUUUUAUGCAGAAGAUGAAAUUCGAUCGAGGUACCACAAGGAGAAGGUGUCCACGGAAACAGUCAACUUGCAGGACACCCUUCGACCAACAAAGUGUCAGCAAUUCAUUUCUAAAUAUCAUGACAUAGAAAAAGAAAAUCGGGGAAAAGAAGCCGGUGAACUGUACAUGCUUGCUCUUGAGAGUAUCAAAAUGCAAGCUACGACCGACAUGAUCAAGGCUGAAGAAGUGACCUCGGGAGACACUUCGCUUGCAGCUUCUUUCAAAAAUGCUUUCAACACAAGUGACAAGAAAAAUCGGUCAAAAGUCAGAAUUGCUGACAUCAUAAAAGAUGCAGACUAGCGUUUUGUCAUUAUUUUUUAAGGCUAGAUCAAAAUUUUAGAUAUUCUAUCGACAUAGAGAAGUUGAAUGUAAUGGAGAAUAAAUAAUAAUUAUUGUUUUACAGAGAAAA